GGAUCGUUGGCAAGUUACUCGCCACUCAGUCAGUCAGUCAGUAAGUCAGUAAGUCAGUCAGCCAGUCAAACACAUAAUCGAUCAGUCGGUGAAUCAAUUGAACCGUUUGGCUGAUCGUCGCCGGAAUCGACCAACAACGGUGAUUUAUCGGAACUCCUGGCGGACGAAUUUUCUGGUCGACAGUGCGUUCGCCCAACAAAACGUGCGGUAUGUUCGACCGUUUCAGUGAGUUAUUGCUGGCCGAAUGUUAAACCGGAGAUAAUUUGUUGCGCGGCUAAAGAAGACACACACGUGUACGGACGAGAUACCUGGUGCGUUCAUGUUUGCAACAGCUCCAAAGAGGAUUAGUUACGGGAUUGUAGUAGGACCAGAGACGGUUGUCUGAAAUGAGGACACGUGACGAGUAACAUGGCUCUGUAUUUAACAGAGACUGUGGAAAUACUCUUAAUAGGAGGAUUGAGAUUCAAUUUCCAACUUGACCAAGAUACAGCGGAGUGUUGAAUCUGCGAUACAGAAGAAUUCCAUGAACGUUUCGCGAUUGAAGUAGAGACUUCAGAUUACGGUGAAAACGUUGAUGAAGAGGCGCUCGUAAAUUAUCGAUAUGCAUCACGGGACGUGCUCCAGGCUGGCUCUAGCAAAUACGACUAAAAGGUGAUUAACAACUAUCCGUGUCCCCACAUAAGUAGUUGUGGAGGAACACCGACGAUGAAGCUGAACGUGUUCACCUGUGUAACGACUGUGAUCAUAACGUCUGUCGCAUUGAUCGAUGUUAUAAAUGCGAGUCCGACGUUCUACGUAAAACCCAUCGAGGACGAGAACGACUACGCCCGGGUCUUGGAGCUCUCGCUUUUGUUUUAUGAAGCGCAACGGUCAGGGAAAUUGCCGAAGAACAAUCGAAUUCCAUGGAGGAAGGACUCGGCACUGGAUGAUCAUGGUUUGAAUGGCGAAGACCUGACUGGUGGUUAUUACGAUGCUGGCGAUUUCGUGAAAUUCGGAUUCACUAUGGCGUCAACGAUAACGCUUUUAGCCUGGGGUGCGGUUAGUUGGCCGGAGGCGUACAACGCUGCGGGACAACUUGACGAACUUCGCGAAGCCAUCAAAUGGGCUACAGACUACUUCAUCAAAUGCCACGUCAGCGAAUGCGUGUUUUACGGGCAAGUCGGCGAUUUCUCUCUUGAUCAUACGUUUUGGGGAAGGCCCGAGGAAUUGAAUACCAGCAGACCUGCUUACAAAAUCGAUGCAGAACAUCCUGGUUCCGACCUGGCAGGAGAAACGUCGGCCGCUCUCGCGGCGUCGAGCAUUGUCUUUCGUCAUGAUCCCGAGUACAGUGAUCUGUGUUUGAAGCACGCCAAAGAGUUGUACCGAUUUGCGAUCAAAUAUCGGGGACUCUAUCACGAAGCGAUUCGCAGCGCUGCUCAAUACUACGAGAGCACAGAUUACGGCGAUGAAUUAGCUUGGGCGGCUGCCUGGCUCUACAAGGCAACAAACGACUCGAUUUACCUCGACGACGCAGAGCAUCAUUACCAACAUUUCCAUCUCAAAGAGAGGCCGAACGAAUUCUUUUACAAUAAGAAGGUCGCCGGUGUUCAGGUUUUGCUGGCUCAAUUGACGGGGCAAACGGAAUAUCAGAACGCCGCGCGCGCUUUUUGCGAUUUCUCGGUGCGCCAGCAAAAACGCACCCCGAAGGGGCUGCUCUAUAUCGACAAAUUCGGUACUUUGUGCCAUGCCGCGAACGUGGCGUUCGUUUGCCUGGAGGCGGCUGACUCUCCCGAUAUCGGCAAUCCCCAGGAAUACCGUGAAUUCGCCGAACAGCAAGUUCACUAUAUGCUGGGCAGUGGUGGGAGGAGCUACGUAAUCGGCUGGGGUCGAAAUCCUCCGAAGCAGCCCCACCACGCGGCUUCGUCUUGCCCCGACAAACCCGCGGCUUGCGGAUGGCCUGAAUUCGACGAGGAUGCUCCGAAUCCUCAAAUUCUGUACGGGGCGUUGGUUUCCGGUCCCGAUGAGGCAGACAAGUUCCAUGAUCAUCGAGAUGAUUACGUGUACACCGAAGUUACGUUGGACUAUAAUGCUGGUUUCACUAGCGCGCUCGCAGGGUUGUUGCAGUUACGGGUCAAAAGCACCACUUAACGAGCGACCGUUGGUCACAGCGCGAACUUCUAAUUGCGAAUGAAUCAGUUCGUUAGUUUCAGCGACGUUUUUGCGCGAGAAACGGUAUUGCGAGACCCAUGAUUCUAGAACUUGACCGAGGAUUAAAUUUUACGGAUACGUUCUGUGAACCUAAGCGAGAACAAAUUUUAUGUAAUUAUUAAUUUUUAAAGUGAGAAAUUGUUCAUGCGAUUUCUCAUUUUUCGUUUUAGACGAAGUAUAGAAGAAAAUUGGAAUAAGUAGAAUUUUAUCGGAGGUAACUGAGAAUUGUAUCAAGUCUUAUUGAAUUUUGUUCUUUAUCGCUUUUCGAUAAGAUUGUUUUGCUGUCGAUGCAUAAAGAUUCACGCUACUAAUUGUUCGUGAUGCUUUUCUCAGCGGAAAUUCUUCAUUAAAUUGUUAUAAUAGAGAGAUUAUGCAUAAAGGAAACUAUCAGUUUGAUCAAAUAAUUAGUAAAGAAUACAAGCAUACCGAACGCAAAGAAGAUAAGAAUCUAAAUCGAACUCAGUUCAGAUUUGUAAAGCGUGUUUUUUUUUUAGAGUGAUAGAACUUCCAAUAUGGUUAUCUGUCAUUUGACACUUGGUAGAUAACAUUUUGUUUUGACAUUUCAGUUCAGUAAGCUUUGACAAAUCAACGUGGAAAGUCUGAAGCCGCAGCAACGUUUACAAAUUGUGGAAAUUUAUUUCCAAAAUCAGUGUUCUGUUCGUUCAAUUUAUUGAAAGGACAAUUUGGUGACAAAAUUAUUUCAAGAAAUGGUCCAGUGAUUUAGCCUUCAAGAUCAUGCGAUCUUAUGCCUUUGGAUUAUUUUUUUCUUUUUUUGAGGAGGUUUAUGCUGAGAAACCAGUAACAAUUGACGCCAUGGGAACAGACAUAACUCGUGUUAUUAACGAAAUACAUCCCCAAUUACCUGAAAAAGUGGUUAAAAAUUGAACCGAUCCAAUCCGAUUCAUCAAAGUUAGUCGCAGUAGACAUAUGACGGAAAUUAUUUUCAAAACUUAAAUGUCAUAAAAUUAUCUUUAAAAUUAAAAAAAUUGGCUUCAAUCUUAAAUUUUUAUGUGUUUUAUGCCAAUUCAAAGUUCUAUCUAAAAACGCCUAAGUUCUAACUAAAAAAAACGCCCUUUAUAAAUAAAUAGUACUAGUUUCUUGUCACUGGUGCUAGAUAUUAGAAGAUAUUAAAUAAAGAAGCGAAAUAUUUAUUAAGUAACAUGAAAUAAAUUUCAAUGGAGGAUAAAAUUGAAAACUCAAUUUAAUAUUACCAGUUAUUUGAUAUCUUCACAUGCAACGGUGACAGAUUUUGCAAACUAAUAAAGUGUUACACAGAAAGGUAACUAGUUCAUGUGAUAGACGUUGAUGCUGAUUUUAAUUAGAAUUAUUUUUACUAGAAUACGUUGUGUACAUAAUAACUAUGAAAUAGAUCGAAUAUAACAACACAGUUAAUUAAUAUAAUUGGAAGCAUUAUUUAGGAUUCGUUAUGCGAGUUUGAAAAUACCGUUUAAGGGGAACUUGUUUAAAACAAGAAAUUGUGAAUUCAGAGUUAUAUCUUCGCUCGGUUGCAAAUAGAUCAAGUUGAAAGAAAAAAAAAACAGAAAUAUUAUUUAUGACGUAACAUAGAACCGUAUAUCGUAGCGAAUGGAAUUUUUAUAAUUAGCCUAGUACGCAUAGCAUAUGUAAUAAUUAUCAGAUUUGCCUGACAAUUAUUGAUUAUUUCUACUAGCGCAGAUAUUUAUAAACAUUUACGCAGGUGCAACGUGGUUUAGUUUUCUCGGUAAUUUUGUAGAAAAUUGUAAUAGAUGAAUAAGGAGGUCAACAGAAAAUAAUAGUAUACAAACAACUGUUAAUGUUCAUGACAAACACCGUUAGUCAAUUGUAUCGUUUAAUAAAUUUUUUUAAUACGAAACUAUGAA